GGCAGCUUUAGACUGAAUUAAACAAAAAUUUGGCAACAAUUUAUUUUAUUUGACUUACGGUAACCCUUAAAAGCGCGUCUGUUCAAUAAUAUUCGAAGUGCUUAGCUUCAACAAGGCUAUUUAUUAAUUUAGCGCGUUAUAACGGUAAUUUGACACCCAGAAGGCGUCAUAGCUUCUUUCGUUAAAAAGAAAUUGUAAAGAUUGUAGGAAGAAAUACAGUUUCAUCAAUCUUUGCGGGUGAUUUUUUCAAAGUUCUAAAAAAUUUCUUGGUAAGCGAAUAUAAUGGAUAAGCCGUCUGGAAGCGCUGGUCGUUCCCGUGGACGAGCCAAUGCAAGCCAAGCACAAUCUGGUGGUGAAGGUAUGGCACGCGGUAGGCGUCCCCAACAAUCCGUUCAUCCUCCAGGUGGCGGACAGCCACCCACAGUAGGCGCAGGUGCCGGUUCAUCAGCAUGGGGACAGCGUCCAGUAGGUGUCGCUAGGGGAAGUUCUAUAAUGAAAGCUGCAAUGCCAACAUCAAAUCCUCAACAACGUCCACCAGCACCAGCAGCUUUAGGCCGCGCUACUACACAUAGGGAUGUCUCUGUUGCAGAAGCUCCAGCGGGAGCUGUUGGCAAAGAAGAUACCCGUGGCGCUGUACGAGGAAAACGUGUCAUAACUGAAAUAGUGCAUUCUAGGCCACAAGGUCUCGCUACAAAAUCCGGUCAAACUGGUGGAAAAGUACCAGUUCAAGCAAAUUAUUUCCGCAUACUCAAGAAACCCAAAUGGUCCAUUCACCAAUAUCGUGUCGAUUUCAGACCAGACGUAGACAUGAUUCGUCUUCGCCGUGCGUACUUAGCUAGUCAUAAGGAAUUAUUUGGUGGCUACAUAUUUGAUGGAACUGUCCUCUUUUGCACAAACCACUUCAUUGAUCCUUCAGAUAAUGGACAAAAAGAACUCUUAACCAAAAAUCGGGAGGGUGAAACUAUUCAAAUCAAAUUGAAACAUGUCGGCAUUGUUGAUGUUACAGAUGUACAACUAAUACAAGUACUCAACUUAAUAUUACGAAGAUCAAUGGAAGGUCUAAAAUUGCAACUUGUUGGUCGAAAUUUCUUUGAUCCAGGUGCCAAGAUCAAUAUGGAUAGUUACCGUAUGGAAAUUUGGCCCGGGUAUCAAACGUCUAUUCGUCAACACGAACAGGACAUCCUUCUAUGUUGUGAAAUUACGCAUAAAGUAAUGCGUACAGCAACCGUUUACAAUAUAUUAAAAGAUUGCCUACGAGAUAGUGCAGAUUUCCAAACAUCGUUUAAACAACAAGUGGUUGGAACGAUUGUUCUUACUGACUACAAUAAUAAAACUUACCGUGUGGAUGACGUUGAUUUUCAAUCUUCACCCAUGUCGAAGUUUUCAACUAAGGAUGGUGAAAUUUCUUACAUGGAAUACUACAAACAGCGUUACAAUAUUCAAAUUCGGGACCAAAAACAGCCGAUGCUCGUUUCAAGGCCCACUGAGAGAAAUAUUCGUGGCGGUCAAGAUGAAUUUAUUAUGCUUAUACCAGAAAUUUGUCGUGCUACUGGUAUAACUGACGCUAUGCGUAAUGAUUUCAGAUUAAUGAGAGCUAUGAGUGAGCACACUCGGCUAAAUCCGAAUAGACGCAUUGAUCGCUUGCGAACAUUCAAUACACGACUCCAGAAUUCGAAGGAAAGCAUGGAUGUAUUGGCGUCAUGGAAUAUGCAACUAGACAAACACUUGGUUGAAAUUCCAGGACGAGUACUUCCACCCGAAAAGAUUGUUUUUGGAAACCAAAAAAAAUACAUUUGUGAUCAAAACGCUGAUUGGUCAAGAGAAUUUAGAAGCACAACCAUGUUUUCCCACGUUGACAUAAAACGUUGGUAUGUCAUCGUAGCAAGACGUAAUAUACGUGAAGUUCAAGAAUUUGUUAAACUUUGCAUUCGGGCUGCUGGAUCGAUGAAGAUGCAUAUCUCUGAACCAAGAUAUGAGGAAAUGCCUGAUGAUAGAAAUGGAUCAUACUCUUCUGCAAUAGACAGAACUACAUCCCAGGAUCCUCAAAUAUUGAUGUUGGUCCUAACAAACAACAAUGAAGAAAAGUAUGCUUGCAUAAAGAAGAAAUGUUGUGUUGAUAGGCCGGUCCCAUCACAAGUCGUUACACUAAGAACAAUUGCACCACGUGGUGAUAAAUCAUCAGGCUUAAUGUCGAUUGCAACUAAAGUCGUUAUUCAAAUGAAUGCAAAGUUAAUGGGCGCUCCUUGGAUGAUAGAGAUGCCAUUGAGUGGACUAAUGACCGUUGGAUUUGAUGUUUGCCAUUCUGCCAAAGAAAAAAAUAAAUCAUAUGGUGCUCUAGUGGCUACGAUGGAUAUGAAAGUAUCAACCAAAUAUUAUUCAGCGGUCACACAACAUCUAAAGGGACAGGAACUUUCCAACGAAAUAUCAUUAAACAUGACUUGUGCGUUGAAGUCAUAUCGCGCUGUUCACGGAACUUUGCCGGAGCGAAUACUCUUUUAUCGUGAUGGUGUCGGUGAUGGACAACUGCAUCAGGUGUUUAACACUGAGGUACAGUUUCUUAAAAAGAAGUUGGACGAAAUUUACAAAUCUGCUGGUAUCGAAAAGGGAUGUCGUCUAGCAUUUGUCGUUGUAUCUAAACGUAUAAAUACUCGUUACUUCGUCAAUGGCCGAAAUCCUGAUCCAGGCACUGUUGUCGAUGAUGUCAUCACACUUCCCGAACGUUACGAUUUUUUCCUCGUUUCGCAAUCCGUACGACAGGGGACAGUGUCUCCGACUAGCUACAAUGUAAUACAUGACAAUAUGGGUCUAAGUGCGGAUAGAAUGCAAAUGUUGACUUACAAAAUGACACAUUUGUAUUACAAUUGGUCAGGAACGUUGCGUGUGCCAGCAGUUUGUCAAUAUGCCCACAAACUGGCAUUCCUUGUUGCCGAGAGUAUUCACCGUGCUCCAAGCAAUGGUUUAGAAAAUCAAUUAUAUUUUCUCUGAAUAACAAUAUCAAAUGAAUUAAAAUGCAAAGUGCCUAUAUAUAAAAUACGAAUAAGGUUAAGCUUUUCUACUUCAACUCAUGACUAUAUUUUUUACCAAAUGAAUACAAUUUUACCAAUGAUAUAUAAUACAACUAAGUUCCUCUCAUUCCACAAUUGAUAAUCAUAUUUUUGCUUAAAAUAAAUACUUUAUUUGUGUACCUAUUGUUUGAAAUCUGCAAAUAACCUAAGUGUAUUAAAUAUACCAAUAACAGUCUUGUUGUUAUUCUGUUUCUUUUUGUUGCAACGACGGAAAUUUAAUGUUAAGAAGUAACAUAAUUACUUACAACUAUAUACGACGUAAUACAAAUAUAUCUUUACUAGAAGGUGCAGAAUUACAAUACCUCUUAACCCAUAACAGAAUAAAGUUAAUAAUCCUCUUGUCCCUUUGUUUAGUACCGUUUUCCAUUGCUAUUGAACAAAGUGUAAAAUACCUUUAAUGGAUUUACUAUACCCUUUUCAUGCACUGAAGUUUUGUUUUUGUAUGAAUAACUGUACCUAAGGGAAAAAUCAAAUUAUUUUUGUAUUGCAUAAUACCGAAUGAAGUCAAAAAAAUGAAUUAUACGUUAUUUUUAUAUUUUAAUAUGUACUUAUUGUUUUAAUUGUAUAACAAUGAAUUUGAAAUAAUAAAAAGGUUAACAAUGAA